AUGCCACGUCUCCUUGCUCCUCACAAAUCGGGGCUUCAUCGACUAGCAUGUUUUUCACUAUACAAAGCUCUCCUCCGGGAGAGCACGCGAGUCGGCGCGGCGAUUGAUAACCCUGCCGUAGCCAGAACUCUUCAAUCCUUGAUUCGUUUCCGCUUUGAUCGAGACCGCAAGUUGCUCUCCCCUUCACAGGUUGCCAACGGGCUAGAGGCAGGCCAUGGCGCCCUCUCGCUCCUCCGCGCAUGCGCCAGGAAAUCCAGCGAUGCCUUGAACAGGCUGAGCCAAACCCUCGAGCAUGUAGCUCUACAAGCAGAAUCUACAGCCAAAUAUCGCGCCGAACUCGCCUCGCGAUGGAAACCUCCUCCGCCCUCAAGACGUCCCCAUCUGGAGAACCUGCGCCGCGUGGCCAACAAGGCAAACCACAUCUCCACUCCUGACAACCCGCGCAUCUUUCAGCACCCGAGACCAAUAUCUGAGGUGAAAUCGGGUGUCCGCAAAGUGCCCAAUCUGAUCUUGGCCCAGGGGAUCCCACUCUUGAAAUAUCCUGGCCCUACUCCGGUGUUGUUGAAUCGGGUUUUAACCAGUAAGAUCAAGUGGGGAGUUCGGAAGUGGGCACAGCAUCUGGACAUUGGGGAGAAGAUUCAGCUCGGCGAAUGGGAAGACGAAUGGGAUUCCAUCCUGGCCCGAAAGCAUGGCAUCAUGGAGACAUGCGAGGGCGCAACUGCGAAUGAACAGCAAGGACGGGGCGGCGAAUUGGUGGAAGCGGACUUCAUCCGGUCCUCGUCGGAGCACAAUAUCCGUUUCGCCAGUCUCGACCGAGCCUACACCAAGGAUGAGAAAGACAUCUACCAGCCGCUAGCCCGCUCCAGUCCCGCCGCCACUCCGGGAGGAUCAUGGACACUGGCGCUCCGCCAGGUUGACCGACAACUCGAGCUGGCCGUGCAGGCGCGCGGACGUCAGUACGCGGAGCUGGGGGACAAGUAUUGGCAGGUGAUACUGAAGGAGAGAGCGUUGAAGGAAAUGGAGAGGAGAGAGCGGAAGCAUGCAAGGAGGAUCGCGCGGAAGCAGGCGACGAGUGAUGACUUGGCCCUUGAAGAGCGCGCUGAGGCUGUCAGUAGCGUUUCUUCUGGCUUUCUAUGA